GUAUUUCACUCCACGGUGAAACUAGUGGCUAUUAAACUUGCCAUCUUCCAGCAGAAGUGACGUCGCUCUGACAUGUAACUCGAUAAAAAUGCUAAAGUGGACAAAUAUCUAAAGGUUCGGGACGCCUAAACGUUGGUGAUAAUUGGCGUAGAGGGUCACAGAAGUGCGCGAGAGAAGGGAAGAGGAUGGAGACUCCCAGCCCAGCAGGAGCGAGGCAGCCCUCAGCACCGUCAGCGCCUUCAGGAGUACAGCUGAUCGAGCGGUCCUCCAGCUGCGAGGGGGACACGCAGCACUAUGGGCUUCAGACAGCUACAAAACCCCAGCAGCAGCCACAGCACACGCGGGCGUACCAGCAAAACCACCUGCCAGUGGCUCAGAACAUCAAUUUGCAAUGGAAAUCGUCUGAGGAUAUAUUUACGUCGAGCUCUGGAAGCACGAUAUUGAGUCAGCCAAUAAACGAAGAGGAUGGAGAGCCAGUAUGUUACACUAAAUCUGGCAGCUCCCAUCGCUUGGUGACCUCUGUGUCCGCAUACCCCCUGUCCAACACCAACACCGUUUCCACUGGCAUGAGCAAUUCAACAUCUGCUGCUGCUUCUACCUCCACCAUAUCUUCCACAUCUUCUUCCUCAUCAGCCUCCACAAAUGCCUUCUCCCACAUGAAUUCUCUCCAGUCCCCUCCCACGUCCAGUAUGACUCCUACAGGUUGCCACGCCAAUACCAACGCCAACCUCACUUACGCUGUCAGUAACAGCUCCGAGAUGCCAGUGUCCAACAUCAUCAGCACUUCUACCCCAAUCGGAGAUGUAAACAAUGCCCAGUGUAACUCCAUUGGGGGCAUAACUCCUCUUGACCUGUCCACCAUUCCCCCAAUAACACACGUCACACUGCCCACACCUACUGAAAAUGGAGAGGGUAGAUUCAGGUAAAUUUGAUUAACUGUUCUAUUCUGUCUUGUGUUUCUAGCAGAGACAGUUGGUUAAGAAGCCACAUGGAGGAGCAUGGUAGUUAAGAAGCCUUAUAGUGAAAAUGUUGGAUCUAAAUUUCAGCAGAAAAUUUAUCAGAAAUAUCAUUUAUCAGAUAAGAAAACAUUAAUUUACUGCAGCCUGUCACUUCUUGUUUUACAAAUAAGUAAUUUAAUGUGUACACACGCACACACACACACACGCGCACACGCGCACACACGCACAUACGCACAU